CGACGCGACCUCGAACAAUCGAUUAUAGCAAUUACAGUGAAUCUUUGUUUCUUCAAUAUAUAGAGAAUGAAAAUAAAAAUAAUGCUUAAAUUCGUUUGUCACAGGUGUCAUACUGCCAAUUACUUUUUAAUUAUGACUGUUCGUUAAAUAUCGUGCGUUUACGCAAAAUCGUUUAAAUUACUUGUGAAUUUAAUACGCUUAUUCCACAUUUUUGAACGGAAACUUGUAUACACAUUUUUAGGUUAUAUACAUAAAAUGUAUGUUUCUAGGAGGAAUUUGUGUUUAUUUAUCAUAAUUUUAGUUCAAAUGAUAAAUGUCCUCGGACGAAUGGAUGUUUGUGAAAGAAUACAAGCAGUUCCUUUUAAAAACGCCGAACAAGGGACUGAGCUUGAUUUACCAGAGGGAAGAGUCAAAGAGGAAAAUAAAACUAUCGAAUCAAAUGUGACAGUAAAUAAUUCUACCUCUAAUGUGACCAAAGUCAAUUGUUUGAUGGACACAGUCUAUGGACCAGUAGAAAUUGUCAAUGCAACCAGAUUAAUGAAAUUAUUGAUCUUAGAACCUGGGCCAUCAAAUAGAAGUAGAAAUGACAAAGAAGGUAGAAUGCUACCAGGAACAUGUGUAAUAGUAUUAUUUUAUGCAAGAUGGUGUAUAUUUAGCAGUCAGGCUGCACCACACUUUAAUGCACUACCACGUUCAUUUCCACAUAUCAAAGCAGUAGCAAUUGAUGCUAUUAAAUAUCAAAACUUCAAUGCUCAGUAUGGAAUUGUAGGAGUUCCAACAUUAAUGCUUGUUCACAAUGGGAAACCAGUAGCAAAAUUUAAUGAUACCGUCUAUACACUAGAAUCUUUUGCAAGAUUUAUAACCCACAUAACUAAUUUACAACCAAAUGGAUCAUUAUAUGUUACAUCUUUGGAUUUUCUUGGUCCUGUUUCCAGUACACCUUCUAAUGAAACUGACUAUUGUCUAGUCCUUUCAUGGGUCUUCAUUGCUGCCUGUGGAUUAUACUUUACAUCACAGAGUAGAUGGUGGCAGCAGUUUAUAGAAUUAGUUCAAAAUACAUGGCGUGAAAGCAAUGCUCAACAUGAACAUGCUGAUUGAAGCGUUAAAAGAAACUUGAUAUUUCAUGUGCGAAAGCAUGGUAUGAAAUGACUCAUGGUAUUACAAAACUAUUAAGUUGUGUGAUAAUAUUUGUGGUAACUGUUAAUUAAGACGAUGUAAAUAUAUGUAUGUUGACAAAUAAGUAAUAUAUAUUAUUAUUUGAAAAGUC